GCACACUUCGCUUUCCGCGGGAAUAAUAACAAAGCUUAAGUUUCGCUUUUCGGGACUAAAAGUAAUGUCCUGCCAACAGGAUGAGCGCUCUGCUAAAUGAAGUCCAGCGGAUCGUCGCCGACGUUCGAUCGGAUAAGCCAGCAACCCGAAAUAAAGCCAUCGAGCAGCUGGAGGAGAAACUUGUCAACUGCAGAGAGGCCUUAACUGCUCUAUUGCUGGAUAAAAGAUUCGACUUGUCGUGGGCCGCACUGUACGAUGUGGCCAAGGAGGCACUCUUUAAGCACGCUCAGAGCUUACACGAUGCCAACGAGAAAUCCUUCAAGACUUUGGCGGCCAAGACUUAUUUGUACGGCAAUGUCUACGACAGGAUCGUCAAAUACAACUUGGACGCUGGCUUGGAGUCGACUGGAAGUGGCCACUUUCUGGCAAAGGCGAGUCUCUUUAAUGCGUUCGAGGAGAUGAUCAGGUCGCGGGUGGUGAUAAAGUACUUCGGUGACCGCAUCCUAAGCCUGCUGGACCGGGGCAUUUACUCUUCCGCCAGCUAUGUACGCGACCUAAAGAUCAACGAGUACAGCCGGAUCCUCUCCUACCUGUUCGAGCUGAAUGUUGGCGGGGACGAUUUUCUCCACACCACAAUACUGAAAUGCAUUACUAAGACCGUCACUCUGGCCAAAGAUCGGGUUCAGCUGCACUGUGACCUGGUGGAAUAUCUGCCUGAGUUGAAAAGCUUUGCAAGCACGGCAAAUGCGGCAAGGAAGACAGAGAUUGUUCGUCUCUAUUUAAUCUUUGCCACUGAGCUCUCGGUCAACUACCAUCACCAGCUGUGCAUCCACAUGCAGGAGAUACUGCCAAAGCUAUGCGAGUUCCACAACGAAGAUGUAUUCCGCGAUGACACCCGAAACCUGUUCUUCCAGUGUGUCAUACAGUCGUUGCGCUCACUGUAUCCUAAGCUGGACAUGGGCGAUUUCAACACACUCGGAGUGCCCGUCCACGAGUCGUGGCCACAAACUCUGCUCCGACUGAAAACCAUUGUGAACAUGGAGAUCCGCAAGAACUCCCUCCCGCGCUACAAGACAGCUCAACUGAGCAAUGACAAGUUUUCAGAGACCUUCAUCAAGAUGUCAGCAUUGGUCAUGUUUAGUGUUCUCUGGCACUUGGAGGAGGCGAGAAAACCGGAUGAAAAUGGAGAUGGUGACGUGCCCAAAAAGGUUCCUAAACCUUCGGACAAAAUGGAUGAAAUUUUUGUCCUGAUUGACAAGAAAGAGACCACUUUUAACGACGUCUGGUUUGCUAUCUUCACCGAACUGCUGCAGCUAAGCAGCGUCAUCCUGAAUGUGGGCAACUACCAGCAGUCGCUGGUCACAGUGUCGGACAUAAUGCAAAUGUAUGGCAAUGCAAGGAAUCUAAGGAAUCUUCGCCUGUGCCUGAGGAGUUUGCUAGAAAAGGAAAAGGAGCUGUUAAAGUCGCAGUCGAUACAGGAGGGCUUUCUCGCUGAAUUAUGGAAAAGAAUGGGAAACCACCUGAUAUCAGAGACCACCACCAACAGCGAGGGGAUCAAAGAGAAGCAGCUGGUGCUGCAGUUGCUGAUUAGACAUCACAAGCUGAGCCCGAAAAUGGUCACCAGCCUGCUGCAGAACAUCACCACAAAUGAAAUGAUGAAACGCAAUGAAUGCUUCGCCACCAUUCGCGAAAUCUACAUUCAUGCGGGUGCGUGUGGUCAGGACAAGGCCUCAGCGGAUAUGGAGCCUAUUAUAGCGUGGGCCUACGGCAGUGGGGAGCGGACUAGCGCUACUCAAGUCAUACACAAUAUAGCCAGCAUAGAUGCCAAGCUGCAAGCGGACACCUUUGCGAUCAGUAUCAUCAACUUCUUGGAUCAGCAGCAGCUAGAGGAGCUCUCUAAAUCAGAGUCCAAGGAAAUUUCCGCUGAACAAAAUCUGCUGGCAUUCAAGUAUAACAAGCAGUUUGUUUGCCUUAACCGGGAGUAUGCGCAACCCUUUGUCUCAAUUACUCAGCUUCAGAGCGAGACAAAGAACUGCCUAUACCAAACCAACUACGAGUGCCUAAUGCGUAGUCUCAACUACCAAAGUGUCAACGAUAACCAGCCCGCGGCAAUCUUAAAGAAUCUUACCAGUCUGCAUCGGAUGACCUGCACAAUGGAGAGGCUUUUGCAUUACAAGGUGUUUGAUGCCGAAAACUUUGAGGCCUGUCCUCUGAUCAAACGAAUCGGUCUGUUCCUUAGUCACAUCGAGUUCCAGUACAAGGCCAACUGUUCCGAGAUGCUGGAUGAGAGCGAUUUGCGCGAUAUUCUGCGGCUUCAAAUCGCUGUGCUCGAAGUCUUUAAAUCCAAUUCAAUCCUACUCAAUUAUUUGGAGAGGCAGCCGAUAGAAAUGAUGGUGGAAUUCAUUGGCGCUGCCCUCAAACUGCACUGCAUGCGGCGAGAGCGCUCUGAGAAUACGGAUCAUUUGACCAUAACCGCUCAAUGCUUGCACGUUUUGGGUGGAUUGUGUGCUUGCAGUUCACACCAGGACGAAACCUUUGAGCACAUUGCGAAGGUGACCAUGCGAUGGCAGCCCCAAGAUGUGCUUAUAGUAACAAAGGAACUGUGCAACUGUUCAAGUAUAUCCGAUGCAGCCAGCACAUGGCUGGUGGGCAAACUGAAGACUGUCUUUCAGCUACAUUAUCUAGAUUUGGAUGUCAUCGAUAAGGUGGUCGAUCAUUUGCCCAAAAUUUUCCAGUUUGUUUGCCACAUAGAGCAUCACUUGGACGAUAUGCUAAUGGCCCUUAAUUCUCUGCUAAGGAUUGCCCUUAAGAAAUCCUACACAUCCCAGCUAACGGCGAAAAUCGUGAGGAGCGUGGGCUUAAUUGCUCAGCGUUGUCCGGACAUUUACCAGUUGGAAAACUUUACUGUGAUAUGCAAGUCUACGGCAAAGUUCAUCACAAUGCCCACAUUGGAAGUACGCUUCGCCACCCUGUUCACCUUUACCAUCCUGCUGAACACAAAUUGUGUGACCAAGGAUACCAUCGGGAACUCUCCGACUCACUGGGAAUUCUGUUGCGAGCUCUACAAUAGCAUCGAGUUUAAAAAGCUUUCGUUAAACGACGACGAGGAUUCAAUACGGAAUAGCAAUGCCAUUAUGGUGCAAAUGCUGAUUGCCAUUUUUUUACGGAGUUCGUUUCAUCAGGAGAUCGCUCUCAAGGAGCUGCUUUUCCAUUGCGCUCUGCGCAGACUGCCAGAAAGUGAGUUUCUCUCUUUGCACAGUAAAGUGCCCGGAUAUGGACAAACUAUGCUAGAUCUUAUACGACCGUAUACGGAUUUCCUGCUGCACAAGUGGAGCUCCCAGGGCUGGCCCAUAACCAAGUUCCCCUAUUUUCUGUGCUAUGAAAAGAAGAAUAAUUUUCGUAAGGCUCAUGCUAGUAGGAUCAUGGCUUAUGUCUUUCUAUACGGCAAAACUGAGGAUAUUGAACGCCACAGCAAGUCAAUCAGCGAAGAGGUGGCCCUUCCCCUUCUUGGCUCGUACGUUCUGGCCAAAAAUGCAUUUUGUAGUGAAAGCGAAGGUAAGGAGUUUCAAGAUCAUCAUCAGCGGCUCUCGGAGAAUCUUAGAUACUCCCAGCUAAAUGCCAAGGAUGUUGAGCUCAAUGUGGAUACCCUUUGCUGUGCGAUUGGUCUGCUUGAAGACGAUCUACAGGAAAUGAACCGAUUACUCGGAUUCAAUGUGCCUGGAAGCAGCAGUAGCAACUGGUACAACCUUUCGGUGGAAUCUCUUUUCAAUUGUCUUAGCUUGCAUAUUGGCUCCCAUAAAACUUCUUCUAGAGGUGACACUCGAAUCCAGUCCAUGUCAACGCUGCAGAUCAAACAUCCUCGAAUAUUGGUUGAUCUUUUUGGUCGCUUGAAAACCAAUUGCUUUACAUCCAGCUUUUCCAGCCAGGCAUUGCGUUAUUUGUUUCUUUACUGCGAAAUCGCUGAUGCUGUUUAUGAGGCUGCUGCCGAGGAAGCAGCCAAGACUAAGGCUGCUAAGAUCGCUGAAUGCUCCUUAUUUGUUCGCGAUAUUUGGUUUUUUAUGGUUCGAUAUCUUCGUCACACCAAGUCUAGCCAAGUACAAAUGUGUGCUCUUUCCUUCCUUGAACAACUGCUGACCUCGAAGCCAGCUUUUGGCCCUGAGGAGUUUACCACGCACAUGGCAGAGAUAGCCAAGCUAUUGAGUGUCUUUCAACGGGAAUGCGUUGCCAAGGAAGUAAAGGAGAAGGCCAGUGAUGUCGUAAAGAUGAUUCUGGAUUGCCACCGCUCCCAUAUCAAUAUGCAUUCCUUUCUGGAGGAUACGACCGAAUGCGAGUUUCUGCAAACUCUGCGAGAGAAAUACAAUUCCAAGCAAGAGCCAAACAAAGACACAUCUGAUGUGGACAACUAUCUACGUUCGUUUCUCAAGAGGCCCACCGCUGAGCGAUUGCGAGACCUGAGAAAUUAUAUUGCCGAAUACAAGGACAGUCUUCAGAAAAAUGAACGAAUUUUAUUUGAUGUCAUUAGUAGGUUGAUUCAAAUGGCCAGAGAUUCGGUUAGCAAGCAGAGCAGCCUGGACGCUCUAAAGUGUCUGGCUCAAAUCGGGCCGUUAAAGUUAUCAAAUGUUUCGUAUUAUUUUCAAACCGACUUUGAUUCCUUCGAGGAGGAGUCAGAGCAUUUGGAGCCUAUAGAGCAGUUCCUGAACGUCAUCUGUGAGGCCUUGGAGAAAUCUUUGUUUCAGUUUGAUCCUCAUACUCACGAUGCUCUCGUUUCCGUAGUCGUUCAAGUUGUGAAUAGCCAGUGUGGCCUGCGGAUUAUGGAUCGCUUUAAAAACGUACAAAUCUUUGCUGUCACGCCUCCGGAAUCGAGUGUCCUGAAUGGGUAUAUGCAGAUAUCUGGCAUCGAUUGGUUGGCUUGCUUGAAAGCCACACAAGACUUAACCUAUGAGCCCUGGAUGUGCGCCUUUGUUUCGAACGUUUUCACAAAUUGCGGCUGGCUGGAAUUUAGUGCAUUGGCUGCCAAGUCUUUGCCCUUUGCCAAGACCUGCCUGCAGCCGUUUAUUAAGUUACUGUUGGGCAGCAAUCAGAAACAGCACUUGGAAAGCCUAUGCCGAAUGUUGGAUUACUUUUUCGAAUGCUUUGUGAGCUCAAAGUCAAGAAGUUCCAUGCCUCAGAUCUUUUACAACAAGCGCGCCAUCAAGAGGUUCUUGCACAUCUGCGAGUGUAUACGAGUGGUGAAUAAUUGGAGCAUUCCCGUGGAUCUGAGCAAUGUGGUUAUGGCUAGUAACCACUGUCAGGCUUACUUCCUGAGCAUUAUGUACCUGGAACUGUGGGCUUGCUCUGAGAGCGUCAAGCCCUUAACCAACGAAUCAUUUCAAGCCUCGGCAAAGAAGGCCUACGAGUCAAUUGGCUGCUUGGACGCUAUUCCUGGCUUUGUGAAUCCCAUGCUCUCUCGUGUGGACUUCCUUGGUCGGAGUAACAACCUGACCGCAGUCCUGUUGGAGUCCGCUCACCUGGAUAAGGCCAGCAGCCAACUCUGCAUGGACAUUAUGAAGGGCAAUGGGUUGUGGUCCUUUGCCAAACUCCAGCAGCAACAGAGCACGGAACCGGAUUACGAAAUCUUUUGGCGCCUAGGGCAAUGGGACUCGUUGACAGACUCGAAGCAGCAACAGCAACUGGGCGCAAGAACUUCAUUCAAUUUGGAGCAGGAGUUCAAUCGGCAUCACUUUGUGGCUCUCAGAAGCAUUAGCCAGCGGGAGGAGGAGAACAGCCUGUCGGCCAUCGAAAUGGCAUACAGCUGUGUGCGCGACAUACUCCAGGAGAUAAGCGUAGAGUGCCUCCAGAGCGUGUACAAAUACUUGACCUGGCUGUGCUCCCUUCAGCAGGCGGAGGACUUUUGCCAGAUUCAGUUUGGUACCCAAAUACCUGCUCCCCAGAUGAACCAACUAUUCCGCAAAUGGCAGACGGAACUGGAGCUCAAUUACGGCAACUUUACCUGCAAGGAGCAUGUCAUUGCCCACCAGAUUGCUCUGUUCAAGAUGGCCGGAACACGAGCGACACGGCGGUUGACCGAUUUCUUCAAGCAGAAUCCCGUGGACACAUACCUAUUGAAGGGCAUUGGCGAAUGCAAGGCAGCGGGUAGGCUAAACCUGGCUGCCAAGUAUAUCGGGAUCUUGCGUGAAAUGCCCGAUAUUAGCGAGUCCACAAAGAUGAGCGUCCUGCUCGAAGAUGCCGAGGUGAAUGUAAAGAUGGGAAAUCAUCAGAUAGCCAAGUCCAUUCUGGAGCAUGUGACCACCAACGAUAAGUUUAUGUACUGCCUCCAGCGGGUACCGGCUCUACGAAUGCAGGGCGAGUUUCUCAUGGACUGCAAUGCCGAGAGCUUGAGUUCGGUGCUGCAUCACAAGUUUAACGGUUCGCUAAAGCUAAUCGACGACUUUGUACUGCAUCGCGAGGCCCUGAGAGUGAAAACUUUAGAUAUCGGGCAAUGGGACAACAUCGAGGAUUUCGCUAAUCGGCAUCGAACAGCUGCCUAUGCCGCCAUGGCCAAGUAUGCGGACAGGGAGUACCAGCAGUUGUAUGAAUAUCGGCACUCGCAGGACUACCAAACACUGCUGGACAUCAUCGAGCAGAACCGCUCAACGGGCGAGAAGGUGUCGCAGCGCGAGAACCAAGACAAACGGAUCAUGGGCAUUCAGAUGAAGCGAUAUGCCAGCCUGGAUGAGCGCCAGUUGCAGCGGAUUGAGGCCAAGCUGACGGAGCACCUUUGCUCGGCGGUCCGUAAUCACAUGGCCUACUGCCGAAUGGACAGUGGCUUCUCAAGCGCCGCCAUCUACCGCAUCAUCUCGCUGUGGUUCACUAACGCGUCCAACGAGCACUUGCAGAAGUGUGUAAAAGACGAGAUCCUCACAGUUCCUACCUACAAAUUUAUUUGUGCUGCAAACCAACUGACCGGUCGCCUUAAUUCCAAAAACAACAGCCUACUCAAGGAGCUGACGGAGCUCUUGGUGCGAUGCGGCCGAGAUCAUCCGCACCACAUAUUUUACCAGCUGUAUCCGCUGGUCUAUGCCCACCUGGAUGGCGAGAACAGCAAUACGGAGCGAGCGGGGAUUGCGCAACGCAUCAUUGCCAAAAUCUGUGAAAACAAUUCCUCGGCAGCUGAAACCAGCAAGCAGCUGGAGUCGCUGCUACCAGUCCUCAUCAAAUUCGCCAACGAGGGUAAGACGGAAAACAACCAAGGGGUUUCGGAUUCGGCGCGCUACAAGCAAUUUGAAAAAGUGCGACGUAUCCGCAAUCUGGACGCCGUUCACUGUCCUACCCUCGAGCUGCCGGUGAUGCCCAACAAGAACUACAAUAUAACAAGCAUUAUCAAGUGGACCAAUGAGAUUUCUCAGUGCGGCGGCCUAAACGCUCCCGCCAAGGUAAUGUGCAUCUGCUCCGACGGCCAGACGCGUGCUCAAUUGAUUAAGGGCAAGGACGAUCUGCGCCAAGAUGCGGUGAUGCAGCAGGUUUUCGGAAUUGUGAAUGAGCUACUGCAACAGGAUUCGGAGUUCAUCGAACGUAAGCUGCAGCUUCGCACAUAUAAGGUCACGCCACUGUCCAUGCGAAGCGGUAUCCUGGAGUGGUGCACCAACUCCAUGCCCGUGGGCCAUUACCUCGUUGGUGAGGGCAAAGGCGGCGCUCAUAUGCGAUAUCAUCCAAGCGAUUGGCCAAACAACAAGUGUCGCAGCCUCUCGAUGAACCAUCUGAAGUCGCCCAAGGAGAAACGCUAUGAGAUAUAUAAGCUAAUUUGCGGGCAUAUGAAACCAGUUUUCCACUACUUCCUGCUGGAGAAGUUCCCCAUUCCGGGCGUGUGGUUUGAAAGGCGCCUGGCCUACACGAACAGCGUGGCUACCACCUCAAUGGUGGGCUACGUUCUCGGACUGGGCGAUCGGCACACACAAAACAUUCUUAUAGACCAGCAGACGGCUGAAGUCAUUCAUAUUGAUUUCGGCAUCGCAUUUGAGCAGGGCAAGAUCCAAACAACCCCAGAAACUGUUCCCUUCCGCCUGACCCGUGACUUUGUGGCGCCCAUGGGAAUAUGCGGCACAAAGGGUGUCUUUGCCAAGUCCUGUGAGGCCACCAUGCAUAUCCUGCGUCGCUACAAGUCCGUCUUCACCACCAUUCUGGAAGUGCUACUCUAUGAUCCGCUUUUCAUUUGGGGAGUCCUUAAAAAGAAGCAAUCCUCGCAGGCAAACUCCCAGCAUUCCAGCGAGGAAUCGGUUAAUCUGGUUGCCCAGCGAGCUCUGCUUCUGGUGCAGAACAAACUGGAGGGCAGGGAGGCGGGUAGUACACGCGGUGACUCAAAUGUCGAGGCGCAAGUGGAACGAUUGAUCAACGAGGCCACGCUGCCGAGUAAUUUGUGUAUGCUGUUUCCCGGCUGGGAUCCACAAUUGUAACGUACACAUCACAAUUGUUAUCAGUUAUAAACAUAAAUGGAUUUUUUUUUUACUAUUUUGUAUUAAAAUUUGUAUGGGGUUAGUAAAGUACUUUUGUUUAAAGGGUUCCAAGUCGGCUAUCGCUAUUACCAACUUUCAUUCAAAACUUUGUUCUACGAUUUUUACUGUAUUUUAGUUGUAUGUGAAUGAUUUGCUAAUCUAUAGAGAGAUAUGGAAUGGUUUGAAUAGAAGUUUGGAGAUAAUAAUAGCCACUUGGUGGACGUUGUUUGCAAGCUCAAAAAGUUUAGGUCACAUACAUAAAUACAUUGUUAAAAAACACUCCUUAUUCGGUCAGAUGUAUGAUUCAUGAAUUUUAAUGACAGAUAUUUGCUAAUUCUUUAGGCACCAUAAUGCAGGAGUCAGACAAGAAUUAAUUAAUUCAAUAAGUCAGAAAAUGUAUUGUAUUUCUUUAAAAAUCUAAAGAACUAUUGUCCCCGAUUAUGUCUGAGGUUUAUUUUCGAAUUUGCCUUGGGAAAAACCCCUUAGACUUGCAAGUGCCACUUCAAUUCGCUGCUGUA